AUUAUUAGAACAAUGGACACAGAUUACAGAGCUAUCCUAACGGAGGAGGUUGCAUUGGAGGGACUGGAUGGCAUUACUCUGCAAGCAUUAUGGGUAAGACUGGAAAACCGGGUUAACUUCAAAAUGAGGCUGGAUGAGAAGAGUAGGGAAUUCCUGUGGUCCUGUUUGCUGUCCAUCCCGGAUCUGGAGUUCUACAAACUGGAAACUCCCCGGGGAAUCCUUACCGCAAAGCAGCCAAUCCAAAUUGACCCAGACUCAGGAGUUACAGUGGAUUUUGAUGUGGGAGAAGACUUGUAUCCAAUCAAAAUCAUCAAGACUGAGGGCUCUGUGAUUGGCUCCUGUUCUACGUAUUAUAGUAGACAAUGUGUUACCAUGGAAAUAAAACCAAACGAUGAUUCUCAAGCUAGACCAACUGUGAAAGAGGCGGAGGAGAGAUAUGGUAACAGUCUGGUGAUUGUGGGCUCUCAGGAGCAGAGACUGACUGCUUUGUGUGGUGAAGAGCUGGACCCCAGUAGUCUGUAUAACAUGGCAGACAUUGGCUUCUGUGUACUGGAGAGGAUUGGCAGGUCUCGGAGGGCAGGGGAAUUGUCUGUUGGUGAAUCCAGUCUACAGGUCUUUAACAUCCAACCCAAGUCCAUGUUUUACCACUCGCUGCGACUCAUCAAACUAGGCAUACUCAAAAAACAGAGCAUCACUGUGUACAACAAAAAGGGACAGAACUCCUUACGACGUUUAUUUCACCUGAGCCGAUUCUACCACCAGUACCAGUCCAAGUAUACCAUACUAUCUAAUCUAGUGGUCAAUUACCUGAACGAUCAACCAAUGAAACGACAGGAAAUCACAAAAACCAGACAGGACUGUGGUAUAGACCAAAAAAGUUUUAAGAAGCUGUACCAAAGCUAUCAUAAGAGGUUCCAUGUGUUUACCAUUCCAUAUAAUGAGAUGUAUCCAGACAGUCCCGAAAGCAAUUGGUACACCAGAAAUGCGGAUUUGAAGAUGGUACGUGUGAUUGAGGUGUUAGAAGAAGAAAGUGAUGAAGAAGAGGAUGAGGAUGGAAAGAUAGAAGACAUUGAUCAAGAUGAGACAUAUUUUCCACAAGUCUAUGAGAAAUCGAUUGUACGACAAGCAAUGGAUUGUAUGGAGGCUGCAGGGGCAGAGGGCGUGUCACAAGGUCAGAUGAUGAAGAGGCUGUCGAUGGACAAUCUAGAGACGCGGAUGAUCUUACGUACCCUGGGACGACGCGGCGUGGUCACCUCACUGAUGACAGAGUCAGGAAAACAGAAGAAAAAAGUGAUGGUGUCCAGGUCUUUUGUGGGUGGAAACAAAUUUAUCACUCAGAUCAAUCAGGAAAAAGAGAAACUGAAACAGUCUCUCCAGGACAUCAACAAGCAGGUCAAAGAAGAUCCAGAGAAAUCUGUGGGAGAAAUUAAAACCGAAAUGGAGGACAAAGCUUCUAAAAAGAAGGACAAAGAAAAAACACCCAAGAAAAGUGAAAAAGAGAAAAUUGAUGAAGAAGUUCAGGGCUUAGUUCUAAACAUGAACACCCAGAAUAGGAACUUCAGAACAGAUAUCAAGGCCACUUGUCGACAAAUGAAACGAAUCAAUUACAUCUUGGACUUCAUCAGAGAAAACAAAAUCAUAGAUGGUAUUUUUCCGAUUGUUAAGAUGAUUCGGGAUAAUGAGCGCAGUGAGAACUUGGAGUUCAUUGUUGACAAAAAGUCUGUGAUUCGUCUCCUGUCCGUCCUGACCAAGGAACAGAAGGUCAACGCCGUCAACACAGUACUGGUGGACGGGAACAAGGAGAAAAAGAUGCAAAUGUGGAUGAGCAAGGAGGUAGAGCCGACAGACCCACUUGUGACAUCACUUAUAGAUCAGGCUAAUAUGAAGUUUCAGGCUGUCAACAGGGAACAGGUGGCCAAGAAAAAUCCCAAAUCCCGUGAUCUCCCAGAGGUACCAGAGACAGCAAAAGAAGGCAUUUAUCAAAUAAUGUCACAUCGCAGCAAGUUGAAAGCUGAGGAUAUGAUUUAUGAUGUGGCCUAUUCGAAGCAUUAUGAUUUCCGGCCUAAGUUCUCUCGAGCUCAGAUUCUCCAUAAUCUGUUGUGGUACCUGGUGUAUGACUAUCCCAACACUGCAGUUUGUCCUUCAAACGCUGACCUUGCGAAUGAUCCGGGAGCUACCCCUAUGAAGGCGGAAAUCAGCAAUCCAGACAGCAGUGUAGAGGGAGACCAAGAUGACAUUGUGACACUGAUAAAUGAAAUUCCUGAACCACCUGUUUACAAAGAUGAGAUGUCAUGGAAACGCUACCUUUCCCCUCUCCCUAAGCACAAAGGUUAUGGAGAAGGAUGGUUCCUAGCUAGUGAUGUCCUACUGAAAUUACCACUGGUGAUAUUCUGUAACAUUCUCUAUAUUCCAUACAGGAUUCGGGGACUGAAGGAGCUUCUGGACGACCCAGAGAAAUGUUUUUACCCCGUUAUCAGUCUGCCCACCCCCCUCACCCAGCAGCUACUGUACGCGAGGAAGUACAUCUUCUCCUUCUAUGCCAACUGUGUCAAUCUCAACAACAUGGGGCUGGUUACCAUGGGGCCUCAGAUACUGAAGGAAAAAGACAAGAUCUUUAUCUACCUCCACAAGCGGGCUUCCUUGUUAGACACUAAAAGUUCAGAGCCUGGC